AUGGUCGAUAGUGGUGUCCCCCAGGGUUCAGUACUGGGACCCAUAUUGUUCCUUAUCUACGUGGACGAUGCCGCAAGAGAUUUAGACUGUGAAGUAGCAAUGUUUGCGGAUGACGUGAAGAUAUGGAGUGUAAUUCGGGGUCCUGCCGACGAAGACAGACUGCAGAUGAACCUGAAUCGGUUGGAGGAGUGGUCAAACCGUUGGCUCCUGCGGUCCAACGUUGCCAAAUGUAGCAUACUUCGUCUAGGCAAUACAGCCAGAUCCGCCAGCACAAGAGGCUACUUUCUGGGCGGUGCAGCCCUACAAGAGGUCGAAGCCCAAAAGGACCUCGGUGUGCUUACGGCGAGUUCCCUAAAGCCAUCCGCCCACUGUUCGAGGGUGGCAAAAAGCGCAAUGUCCGUACUGUACGCCAUCAAGCGUGCGUUUAUGGACUUUGACGAAUAAGCCUUCUCUAAGACAUUCGGAACAUUCGUCCGGCCGCAUUUAGAGUACGGCAUACAAGCUUGGAGGCCGUGGGGUGUUGUGGAUCAAAACUGCCUCGAAAGAGUCCAGAGGAGAGCCACGAAGAUGGUUAGGGGUCAAAGCUCCUUUCCUUAUGCAUCCAGCCUAGUAAAUCUGAACCUCUUUCCUUUGAGUUACAGGCAACUUCGCGGAGAUCUCUUCCAAGCCUACCGCAUUGUAAAGGGGUUGGAUUGCAGUCUGGCCUUCGAGGACUUUUUGAAUUUGCUACCACGACCAACCUCCGAGGUUACCCGUUAAAACUGCGCACUCAGCAGGCGCGGCUGGAUGUGCGGAAGUUCUCCUUCUCGGUUCGGGUGGUCAAACCAUGGAAUGAGCUUCCCGCAGAUGUUGUGAUUUCACCAUCUAUACAAAGUUUUAAGAAGAAUCUGGACAUAUUUAUGUUCCGAAAUGACCAAGAACGAUGAGAAGUCGAGCUCACCCCCUGUAACUACUUCUCAUUUUGUCCCACCAUUAUGGGCGUGUUCGAACUAUUUUAGCCCAGAACAUCUAUUUGUACACCACACAUUUUUUACGUUGCAAAUAGGGUACUCAAAGACUUACGCCUAUUUCCGUCAAUAAACUGAACUGAACAAAAACAAGUCAUGAUAUAAUAUACGCACUAAUGAGACCGAUGGUACCUUAAUUUAUCGUCAGUUACUGUCUGACAUUUUAGGAACAUGGGUGAGCAUUCUUUAUAUUCAGUCAUUUGAGACACUAGGAAAUUCAGAUCUGGCGGUGGAAAAAUUUGUGGGCCAACAGUCGAGGCUUGAGGGAUUUUUGGGAUGUGAAGUCAAAUGAAAUGUAAGUUCAGCAGGGGUUUUCUCUCCAGACCCAGUAAACAACGAAAUGAGUGACGUAAUGCUCUCUCGGCCCAGAAUCCGACGAGAAAAUUCGGCCGUACUUACGACAAAUGCGUCUGUAUUCUCAACUAUUGUGUAAGGCAUUACCUCAUAGUUCCCAGUUUUCUGGCACAUUCUGCCCGUCUCUGCGAAGACUGAAUUAGCUCCACAUAAAUUUAUAUCAUGAGAUGUUGUUUGGCGUCCUAAGUACAUAGUGGCAUGGCAAUCCGACCAUCGACUUUGACGACGUCCAUUGCGGGCUCCACAGAAGGCUGAGAGCAGAGUUGGUGACAUGCGCACGAUUGCCUUUGUAGUAGUAGUUGAAUUGUGCAGCAUCUACCAGACUCUCUCCUCCACCACCUGGGCUCGAUGACAGGGCAUGGUCAAGAAUAGCGGAGGUUGGGGAGAGCGCAUGCGGCUGGCGCGACCGAGCCGCCCCUAGGUCUGUCGCCAGUCUAUCUUUCAGAGCACCUGUCUGCAACCCCACCCAACACACGCUGGGCUGACCGCGGAAUCCACGUUAUCCCUUCAGUCGGCAACCUUCCAAACCACGGCGCUUGGCACAGCGUAAUAGCCUUAGCUCCGGAUCACACAUUCAGUAGAGGAGCUACAUGGAGGAGCCGAGAGAAACACUGCCCUUUUACAUAGAGGUACCAAUUGUGUGCUUGCGUUGUGCGAUGAUGGGUGUUGUUGGAGUGCGUUGUGGAUGCUCGCGAGGAGGUGUGAUGGUGGUAUGGCCGGCGGUGAUCUACCGCAGGUUCCAGUGAAUGAGCAUGAGGCAGAAGAGGCCGUUCAGUGACUGACUGUGCGAGGCCAAUGAAGGCAAAUGUGUGUUGGUAUUCCAGGCAUUAGCUCGCCAGUCUCUGGUAGGUGGAAUCGCACGUGACCAAUCAGGCCGAUGUGUGAAGCGAACAUGCGUCGACUGCGUGGACAGGAUAAACUGGGAUCUGCAGGGUCGUCUUCGGUGGUGAUGACGAUGAUUCAGUAUAAUUAAGUAUAUAUGAGGGAUAGAGGCAGAGCCUUGGAAAACCCUAUUUACAGACAGACGUAUGAAAAAAACAUGCAGACAUUUACAUGGCAGUUAUGCCAGUCAUUGAUAUCAUGUAAAUGUUUGACCAUCAAGCAUAAAUUUAUCUAGUCUUAUUUUGAAAGCCUCGACGUUUUUCGCUAAGACAACGGAGUGCGGCAAUUUGUUCCAUCCCUCAACCAGCCGGUGGGAGAAGAAUUUGACCCGCAAAUCGAGUCUGGCAUGUUUCGUCUUCAAUUGGUAUGGGUGUCCUCGGAGAUGCUGAUGAUGGUGCUGUCGUUUGUGGUGCGCGCACAGGACGGUUGGAGAUUGACUGGGCUGAGAUGGUGCUCGUGUAAAGUAUGCUAGGUAAAUAGAUACUGCGGUGUGCGGUCGUAGUACUGUGUGGGCAGUCGUCAGCUUAAGGCAAAUAGCGGACCCUAGUCUUUGGGGCCUGCAUGUGCCUGCUGUUGAGAUAAUGCGUAUCUCAUGGCACUCAUCACGAUAGGCGUCCAUAAUCAUGGCAGAGAACAUCAGACUGAAGAAGGUGGGCGCGAGUACCCAACCCUGUUUCAAUCCACUGGUCGCUGCGAAUGCCUCUGCGAUUGCGCCGUUGUCCGUUACGCGCGCCAACAUUCCGUCGUGGAGCAAACGUACAAUGUGUGUGAAGCGUUCGGGAUAGCCGUAUUUUUGCACGACUUUCUACAGUCCCUUGCGAUUAACCGAAUCAAAGGCCUUCGUCAAGUUAACAAAGGUGGUGUAGAAGUGCAUCCGCAUUUCCUGGCACUUCUUCUGUAACUGGCGAGCGGCACAGAUCAUGUCUGUGGUUGCACAGUGUCACCGGAAUGCACAGUGACUUUCUAGUGGAAGCUCUUGUUUUAUAUGACCGUUGACGGGUUGAGGAAGAUGCUACAUCGCGAGAUUCUCUGUUGUUGGCACAGAGCUGUCAGUUUUCUUUGCACUUACACAUAUGGAUGAUGGGGAACUUAUCCAUUGCGCCACAUCUCCUGGAAGAUCACUGUGAGUUGGUCCAUCAGUCGAUGGCCGUCCUGCUUGUAGAUUUCAGCCGAGAUUUCAUCGGAACCUGGUGCUUUCUCGUUGGAGCGUCCUUUCGCAAUACGGGGGAUUCUUGGGAGCCAGGGCUGGAAUCUAGGUCGAUGUGACUUCAACUUGGCGGAGCCGGUCGAUCGCGGAUUCGAGGAUUGCGAAGGAAGGAUUUAGGACGCUCCUGAAGUGCUCGGCCCAGCUCUUCAGAACCUGCGACUUCCCUAUCGGGAAUGUUGAUCCAUUAGAGUUGAGAAAUGGAACGGCAAAAAGAUCGUUGUAUUGUUGCGGUUGUCAUACCCCUGAAUCUCCUCAGCCUUGUGAGCUAUCCAGGUGUUUUUCAUUUCUCACAAUCACUGCUUCACUGGGCGCCGAUGCUGGUAGAAGGCCGUUCUGUUUGCACCGGUUGGACGGUCAAGGCCGGCACUAUGUAGCCUGUUCUUCUCGGAAAGCAGGUCGCUGAUUGCUGUGUCGUGUUCGUCUAGCUAGCCCAGGUGUUCACUUGUACGGCCGAGGACACACAGGACGGUCGGAUAAACGGCAUCCGGCAGUUGGCACAAUGGAGUCCCCACGGAGUCGUUUUCAUGCGGAGCCUGAGAGUCUUCCAAGCACUGGGUCUGUCGAUUGCUGAAAUACGAACAGUAGGUAGGCAAAAGCGGCAAAGCGACAUUUAACUCACCUGGUAGUCGCCUACCUCGUGGCCUCCCGCGGGCUUGCAGACGGAGCCUCAUUUUAAAGAUGACGAAACAGUGGUCCGUCUUAACAUCGGCUUUUAAGAUCGCCUUGGUCAUCAGCGCGUCUUGUCAACCUUGUCUACCGAUGAGAACGUAUUCCAACAACUGCCAGUGCCGCGAUUAAUGGUGCAUCCGGAUGGCCUUCAUCCGCGUUGGAAGGCCGAAGUAGUUGUUGCUCACGAUGAGGGGCUGUUCUGUGCGGGUCCGAAGGAGGAACAGGCCUCCGUCAUCGAAGACGCCGAGAACGUGGGAACCAAGCUCACCUCUCCAGGCAGCAUGUAA